AUGGUUAGCUUUCAAAAUUUAUUUUCCAAAGUAAAGGAAAAACAAUUAUUAAUUAAAAGUAGUUUUAUUUUAUUAACAUUAAUAAUAUUAUUAAAUGACAAAAUAUUAAUAUUAUCACAACCAGCUGAAUUAACUCCAUCAAUUGAUUUGGAACAUUUUGAAAGAUCUGGAGAUUUAUGUUAUGAUAAAACUAAUGGAAAUCAACCACAAAGGUGUGUUCCUGAUUUUAUUAAUGCUGCUUUUAAUAAAUAUGUUGAUGUAACAAAUACAUGUGGUGAAAAAAGACCUAUUAAAUAUUGUGUUCAAUCAAAAGUUAUAGGAAGUAUGAGACAAACAUGUGAAGAUUGUGAUGCUCGUGUACCAUAUUUAAGUCAUCCAGCAAGUUUUUUAACUGAUUUUAAUAGUCCAGAUAAUGAAACAUGGUGGCAAUCAGAUACAAUGAAUGAAGGAAUGCAAUAUCCAAAUUCAAUUAAUUUAACAUUAAAAUUAGGUAAAACAUUUGAUGUUACUUAUGUUCGUUUAAAAUUUGUUUCUCCAAGACCUGAAUCUUUUGCUAUUUAUAAAAAAAAUCAUCCUGAUGAUGAUUGGAUUCCAUGGCAAUACUAUUCAGCAUCAUGUAGAUCAACAUAUAAGUUACCUGAAAAAGCUCCUAUUUUACCUGGACAUGAAAAUGUUGCUCAAUGUACUAAAGAAUAUUCUGAUAUAUCACCAUUAACUGGUGGCAAUAUUGCUUUUUCCACAUUAGAAGGAAGACCAUCAUCACACAAUUUUGAAGAAAAUGAACAACUUCAAGAAUGGGUAACAGCAUCAGAAAUUAUGAUAUCUCUUAAUCGUAUGAAUACUUUUGGUGAUGAAGUAUUUCAUGAUACUAGAGUUCUUCAAUCUUAUUAUUAUGCUAUUUCUGAUUUUGCUAUUGGUGGACGUUGUAAAUGUAAUGGUCAUGCAUCAGAAUGUGUUAGAUCAACUGGAGGUGGUUAUAAUAGUUUAGUUUGUCGUUGUGAACAUAAUACAAUGGGACCUGAUUGUAAUGAAUGUGCACCAUUUUAUAAUGAUAGAAAAUGGAGACCUGCUACUUCAACAGAUGCCAAUGAAUGUGUUCGUUGUGAAUGUAAUAAUCUUUCUAAUAGAUGUUAUUAUGAUGAAGAAUUAUUUGAAAAAACUGGUAGAGGUGGUCAUUGUAUUGAUUGUGCCGGAAACACCAGAGGACCACAUUGUGAAGAAUGUAUACAAGAUCAUUGGAGAAGACCUAAUGAACAUUUUUGUGUUCCAUGUAAUUGCAAUGAUAUUGGUUCUGUUUCUACUCAAUGUAAUAGUGAAGGAAAAUGUGAAUGUAAACCAGGUGUUGGUGGUGAUCAUUGUGAUGUAUGCCUUCCAGGUUUUUAUGAUUUUGGUAUUCAUGGUUGUAAAGAUUGUGGAUGUGAUAUUUCAGGAACAAUUGGUAAUACUCCAUUAUGUCAAACAACAACUGGAGAAUGUUUAUGUAAAAUGAAUGUUGAAGGAAGGCAAUGUGAUAAAUGUAAACCAGGAUAUUUUGAUUUAUCAAUUCAUAAUGAAUUUGGAUGUACACCAUGUUUCUGUUAUGGCCAUUCUUCUGUUUGUCAUACAGCUGAAGGAUUUUUUGCUCAUAAUGUUACAUCAAACUUUGAAUUAGAUAAAGAAUCAUGGUCUGGAAUAAGUAUUCGUGGACCAGCAACAGCAACAUGGGCAGAAGUUGAUAAAGCUAUUGCUAUUAGUAAUGAUCCACAAGGUACUUCAUUAUAUUUUUUGGCUCCAGAAGAAUUUCUUGGUGAUCAACGUGCAUCAUAUAAUCAAUAUCUUACAUUUACUCUUAGAACUCAACAAAAUUAUGCUCAUGUUGGUGUAAAUGAUAUUAUUAUUGUUGGUAAUGAUGGUAAAGAAGUUUAUCUUCCAAUAACUGCUCAAAAAAAUCCAAUACCAACUAAUGUUGAUCAAGAAUAUAUUUUCAAAAUUCAUGCUAGCCCUGAAUAUCAAUGGAGCCCAAGAAUGAAUGAUCUUGAUUUUAUUGGACUUCUUAAUAAUAUUACAGCUAUUAAAAUUCGUGGAACUUAUACACCAAAUGAUGUUGGAUUUUUAUCUAAAUUUUCUCUUGGUUCAGUUACUAUGACUCCAUCAGAUGUUGAUUCAACUCCAGCUGGUUGGGUUGAAACAUGUGAAUGUCCUAAAGAAUAUGUUGGCCAAUUUUGUGAAUCAUGUGCUGAAGGAUAUAAACGUGAAAUUAAAUUUGGUGAAUCAUUUACUAGAUGUGUUAAAUGUGAUUGUAAUGGACAUUCUGAUUCUUGUGAUGCUGAAUCUGGUGAAUGUAUUUGUGAGCAUAAUACUGAUGGAGCUACUUGUGAAAGAUGUGCACGUGGAUGGUAUGGUAAUGCACUUCAAGGAACAGCAAAUGAUUGUCAAAAAUGUGAUUGUCCUGAUAAUGGACCAUGUAUAUUACAUACAGAUGAAGAAAUAAUUUGUACCGAAUGUCCUGUUGGAUAUAGUGGAAGAAAAUGUGAUUUUUGUGGUGAUGGUUAUUAUGGAAAUCCAGCUGAUGGAAUUGAAUGUAAAGAAUGUAAUUGUAAUGGUAAUAUAGAUGCUAAUUCUAUUGGAAAUUGUGAUACUACAACAGGUGAAUGUAAAAAGUGUAUCUACAAUACGCGUGGUUUUAAUUGUGAAGAAUGUGAAUCAGGAUUUUGGGGAAAUCCAUUAAGUGAUAUAAAAGGAGAUUGUAAAGCAUGUAAUUGUUUUGCACAAGGAACAAUAAGACCUUCUGUUGAUUAUGAUGUUCUUGAAUGUAAUCAGGAUAAUGGACAAUGCUCCUGUCAACCACAUGUUGAAGGUCCACAAUGUGAUAAAUGUGAAGAAGGAUAUUUUAAUAUUACUUCUGGAAUUGGAUGUGAAUCAUGUGACUGUGAUUUAACAGGAAGUUUAGGAAUAGGCUGUGAUAUUGGAACUGGACAAUGUAAAUGUAAACCAGGAGUUACUGGAAGACGAUGUGACCAAUGUGAUAUUUAUUAUUAUGGAUUUAGCGAAGAUGGUUGUAAACUUUGUGAAUGUAAUCCUGUUGGUAGUGAAAAUAUGCAAUGUGAUAAGGAAACUGGACAAUGUCAAUGUAAAGAUAAUGUUGAAGGAAGACAAUGUAAUGUUUGUAUUGAAAAUCGUUAUAAUCUUCAAGGUGGAUGUCCACAAUGUGAUGAAUGUUAUACUCUUAUCCAAAGAAGAGUUGAUGAUUAUAGAGGAAAAUUUGCUAAAUUAAAUGAAACAUUAAAUGAAAUUAUUGAUAAUCCAAUAGAAAUUAAUGAUGAAGAAUUUGAUAAAAAAGUUAAAGAAAUAUUAAAGGCUGUCAAAAUAACACACGAUGAUGUUAUAAAAAAUCUUGGAGAUGAUUCUAUUAUUAUUCAACAAAUAUCUACUUUAAGAAAUAAUUUAAAUAGUGCUGAAGAUAUGCUUAAAGAAGUUGGAAAUAUUGUUAAUAAGAUAAGAGAAACCAAUUAUAUUGGUGAGGAAUAUCUUACAAAAUGGAAGAGAAUCAAAGAUGAAGCAGAAGCUGAAUUGGAUGCUGCAAGAAAGUAUCUUGAAACUGAGGGUGCCACUCAAUGGGAAUUAGCUGAAGAAGCAGCAAAGAAAUACGGAGAUCAAUCUCAAGUUCUUAGUAAUAUUGCCCAAGAAGCUAGAACACUUGCUAAUAAACAGGAAUCUAUUAGUGAUGAUAUUAAAAGACUUGCUGAACAAGCUAAAAAUAUUUCUGAAACUGCUUUAAUGGAAUCUAAAGAUGCCAUAUUUGGAAGUUCUGAAACCAGUAAACAAAUUGCUAAACUUCAAGAAAAGCUUGAAAAGGCUAAAAAUCUUCUUAAUCAAACAAAUAUUAUUGCUGGUGAACAACAAAAAGAAGCUUCAAAAGCUAAUAGACAAGCUGCUGAAAUUUUAAACUCUGUUCUUGAAAUUAAACCACCAAAUAUUAAUUCUGAUAUUUACAAAGAAGAAGCUAAAAGAAUUGCAGAAGCUGCAAAAACAACAAUUGAUAAUGUUAAAAAUGAAAUUAAAAAUAAUAAAGGAAUCUUAGAAGAAAUAAGAAAUCUUGAAAUUGAGGCACAAAGAGAAUUAGACAGAGCUUAUAGACAACAAAAACAGAAUGAUGACUUAUUUAAUGAUAUUAAUGCAGCUAAAGAAAGAGCUUUAAAAGCUGUUCAAGUUGCUGAUAAUACAUUAUCUGAAGCUCAACAAACAUUAAAACUUUUACAAGAUUUUCAAGCUACUGUUGAUGGACAUAAAGAUGAAGCAAUGGAAGAAUUAAAAAAAAUUAAAGAUAUUGAAGAAAAGGUAUCAGAAGUUCAAGAGAAAGCAUCUAUUAUUACUGUAGCAAUUGGUGAUGCUUUAUAUGAUGCUGAGGAAGCACAAAAACAAGCAGCUACUGCUGAAAAUGAAGCAAAAGAAAUUGCUGAAAAAGCUGAACAUAUUAAAGAAAGUACUAGUGAAACAAAGAAAAAAGCUGCUAUUAUUCUUGAAGAAGUUAAUACUCUUCGUGAAGCUAUUGCUGCUAGCGAAGUAACACUAAACAAUUUUAAAGAUGGAGCAGAAAGUGAUAGUGACAAAGCUGAUAAAGCUGUUACAAUGGCAGCAUUAGCUUCAAAUGAAGCAGAGACUGCUAAUAGAACAUUAUCAAAAGCUACAGAAAAGGUAAAAAUGAUUCUUGAGCAAUUAAAUAGCUUAGAUAAUGUGGACAAUGAUGAAUUAAAUGAAUUAGAAAAAAAACUUGAUGAUGCUGAAAGUGUCUUUAAUGCUAGUCAAUUAGAUACAAAAUUACAAUCAUUAAAAGAUCGUAAAAAAGAACAAGAUCGUAUUUUAAUAUCAUUAAAAUCUGAGCUAGAAAAUUUACGUAGUGAAAGAGAAAAUCUUGAUGAAAUACAAAAAUCUCUUCCUAAAAAAUGUUUCAAUAUUGUUAGCCUUGAACAAGAGGGACAAAAAUAA